AUGGGGAAUGGUACUUCUCUCACAACUGAACCAUCUGAGAGUACUACAGUGAGACCAACGCUUUUCCCAAGAGCUGGAUAUGGAGUCUUGGCUUUCCUCAUGUUUCUCAAUGCCUUGUUUUCAAUAUUUAAUAAUUCUUUGGUUAUUGCUGUAACUCUAAAGAACCCCCAGCUCCGUAAUCCUAUCAACAUAUUCAUUCUUAACCUCUCCUUUUCAGAUCUAAUGAUGUCUCUCUGUGGCACCACUAUUGUCAUAGCUACAAACUACCAUGGAUAUUUCUUCCUGGGCCAAAGGUUCUGCACUUUCCAGGGAUUCGCUGUUAAUUAUUUCGGAAUCGUUUCUCUUUGGUCCCUGACAAUUUUAGCUUAUGAAAGAUACAAUGUGGUAUGUCAGCCCCUGGGAACUCUCCAGCUGAGUAUUAAGAGAGGUUACCAGUUGCUUGGUUUCAUCUGGAUUUUCUGCCUCUUCUGGGCUGUGGUUCCACUUUUUGGCUGGAGUUCUUAUGGUCCUGAAGGAGUUCAGACCUCAUGCUCUAUUGCAUGGGAAGAAAGAUCUUGGAACAACUACAGCUUUUUGAUUGUAUAUUUCCUGUGCUGCUUCUUUAUUCCUGUUCUGAUCAUUGGAUUUUCUUAUGGCAAUGUCAUUAGGUCACUGCAUGGGCUAAAUCAGAAAGUUGAACAAAUGGGAGGAAAAAGUAGUGCGGAAGAAGAGUUCCGAGCUGUAGUCAUGGUGCUUGUGAUGGUGGUGGCUUUUCUAAUCUGCUGGUUGCCGUACACUGUCUUUGCUCUCAUUGUCGUCAUUGAUCCAGCACUGAAUAUUUCACCUCUGGCUGCAACCAUCCCAACUUAUCUCUCAAAGACAAGCCCAGUAUACAACCCCAUUAUCUACAUUUUCUUGAACAAACAGUUUCGUGAGUGUGCAGUCGAAUUUCUAACCUGUGGCCAAGUUGUUCUGGCAAAACCAGAAGAAGAAAUUUCAGCUUCAGUAGUUCCAGUUGAAUGCAGAUCACCUUGUAAGGUCAACCAAGUGUCUCCAGUCUGAUAUUGGUUGUCUGAAG